AUGCCGCUUAUGUCCUUUUGCUGGGCUCUCGCUCACUAUGUUGCUUUCUCGACCCAAGUGCACGUGGCUGGAGCUUUCAAAGAUGUUCGCUCUGUUGAGUUGAAUAUGGCACCGGUGAUGGAUCACUGCGGAGCAAACUUGCGAGAGUUGAAACGGGCGACGCCAAAGGAUCAGUUCAGCAUGACCACAUCGUUGUGGAUCAUGGAACGAAUGAUGUCAGCUUUGCAAUUCAUUCACUCACAUGGAUGGCUACACAGAGAUGUGAAACCAGCGAACUUUUGCAUAGGAGACAAUGAAACUCACAAGUUGUAUCUGAUAGAUUUUGGCAUGUGCAGGUAUUUUAUCAAUACUGAUGGCUCCUACAAAGAACGAAAGCCGUCCAGUCCAUUCCACGGCACUGUUCGCUACGCAUCACUGAAUACGCACAACAGACAAGAUCAAUGUCGAUGGGACGAUUUAUGGUCGGUUUACUACAUUGCAAUCGAGAAUAUGGUCGGUGCGUUACCAUGGCGAUUUGUGACCGACAAGAACAAGGUCGCUGAAAUGAAGACUAACUAUGAAUUCAAUAAACUCCAAUACGGAGAAGAACCAUGCAUGCCCCGUCCUCUUCAAAUGCUCUCCUAUCAUUUGUAUGAUGCCUAUCGAGAACAGGAUUCGAGCUUCUAUUCCACGCCUCCAUACGGUCGCAUAAUCCGUGAAGUGGUGAGAAUUGCUCCUCUACUUCAAAAGCCCCUAUCGACAUAA